ACCUCAACUUCCAGCCAGCAACAUGACAGAGGGCUUUGACUGUGCCAGCUGCAAGGAGUCUCUUUAUGGGCGCAAGUACAUCCAGGGAGAUGAGGGUCCCUUCUGCAUCCCCUGCUAUGACACCCACUUUGCCAAUACUUGUGACGAGUGCAAGGAGCUGAUUGGACAUGACUGCCGGGAGCUCUACUAUGAGGACCGCCAUUACCAUGAGGGCUGCUUCCGCUGCUUCCGUUGUGACCGCUCCUUGGCCGAUGAGCCUUUCACCUGCCAGGGGCAGGAGCUGCUCUGCAAUGGCUGCUAUUGCCGGGAGUUCUCCUCCCAGUGUGUGGCCUGCCAACAGGUGGUCAUGCCAGGUUCUCGGAAAUUGGAGUACAACGGGCAGACUUGGCAUGAGCACUGCUUCCUCUGCAGCAAUUGCAAGCAGCCCAUUGGCGCUCGUUCCUUCAUCCCGGAGCAGAACGAGUAUUACUGCGUCUCCUGCUACGAGAACAAAUUUGUGCCGCGCUGCACUCGCUGCAAGAAGUCCCUGACCAAGGGAGGAGUCACCUACCGGGAUGAGCCAUGGCACAAGGAGUGCUUCGUCUGCACAGGCUGCGAAGCCCCCCUGGCUGGGCAGCAGUUCACCUCCCAAGAGGAUCAGCCCUAUUGCAUCAAGUGUUUCGGCAGCCUUUAUGCCAAGAAAUGCAGCACCUGUGCCAAGCCCAUCACAGGUUUCGGGGGAGGCAAGUACAUCUCCUUUGAGGAUCGCCACUGGCACCAAAGUUGCUUCACCUGCUCCCGCUGCACUACCUCACUGGUGGGGAAGGGCUUCAUCCCUGACAACGAUGAGAUCCUAUGUCGCGAUUGUGCCGGCAGUCUCUGAAAGGGCAUCCUGGACAGUUGUCCUCUAGAUUGUGUGUGUGCCAAAGUUCUCUCCUGGGACAGUGGCAGGGCAGGGACGGUCCUCCUCUCCCUGGCAUUGCUGAUUGACACCAGCCACCUCUUUCCUGCCAGACAAAAAUGGUGGCUUUCUCACUCGGCCUGUCUCUGAUGAGCUCGGGCCGCUUCCCUUGUUCACUAGCAGCAUGGCAGUGAAGUCCACCUCCACCAA